AUGGAUUGGAGUUACAAGUCGAGGGAGGACUGGUUUCAUCAUGGAGAAGUGAAAUCAGGGACUGAGUGUAGAAAGUACACAAGCCAGUGGAACGAAGAGAUCUUAGGUUUGUUCAAAGCUGCUGAGUUUAUGGAUGAAGAGCUGGUUAGUCAGGGUGAUUUAAUUGAUGCUGCUGAUGGGGAUGAUAAGGUAGAAGAUGAGUUCUUAGCCAAGCUAGCUGAUGCAGAAACACCACUGUAUCCAGGUUGCACAAACUACAACAAACUAUCUGUGAUUGUUUCACUCUUUAGGUUAAAGACUCAGAGUGGUUGGUCUGACAGAAGUUUUGAUAGUCUACUUGAGACUUUUAACAGAUGCUACCCAAGGAUAAUGUAUUGCACACAUCCUUGUAUGAGAAAUCAGUACGAGGAGCUCGACAGUUGUCCUAAAUGCAGUUCUUCGCGAUGGAAGAUUAACAAGCGAAUUGGCGAGGUGAAGAAAGGUACUCCACAGAAAGUACUUAGGUACUUUCCGAUAAUUCCACGUCUCAAAAGGAUGUUCAGGUCAGAGGACAAGACGGAAGACUUACGGUGGCAUUUCAGUAAUAAGAGCACAGAUGGAAAAAUGCGUCAUCUGGUAGAUUCUGUGACGUGGGAUCAAAUGAAUGAAAACUAUCCGUCAUUUGCUGCAGAAGAAAGGAACAUUAGGCUUGGACUCUCCACAGAUGGGUUUAAUCCUUUCAACAUGAAAAAUGUUAACUAUAGUGCAUGGCCUGUUUUGCUAGUCAAUUACAACAUGCCACCUGACAAGUGUAUGAAAGAGGAGAACAUCAUGUUGACAUUGUUGAUUCCUGGACCAACUCAACCUGGAAAAAAUAUAGAUGUGUAUUUAGAACCUCUUAUAGAGGAUCUAAACCAUCUGUGGGAGAAAGGAGAGGUAACGUAUGAUGCAUUCAGUCGCACUAUAUUCACCUUAAGAGCAAUGCUUAUGUGGACCAUACAAGAUUUUCUGGCAUAUGGAAAUCUAACAGGCUGCAAAGUUAAAUGCAUAAUGGGUUGUCCUGUUUGCGGGAAGCACUCAUAUAGUUUUUGGUUGAGUAAUUGUAGAAAGCACGUGUAUAUGUCUCACCGGAAGUCUCUGUCACCCACCCAUGUUUGUAGACAAAAGAAAUCAUGGUUUGAUGGUAAAGCUGAGCAUGGAAGAAAAGGUAGGAUUCUGACUGGUCACAACAUUUAUCAAAUACUCAAAAAAUAUAAGAAUGAUUUUGGGAAUGUAAAAGUAAAUGGAAGAAAGAGGAAGAUGCAAGAUCGUGAUGGAUCAGCCUCUGAUACUGAUGAUGAAUCCAGUGAAUCAGAAGAAGAGGAAGAACAAGUAGAUGAAGAAGAGCUAUCCAGAUGGAAAAAGCGGUCAAUCUUCUUCAAGUUAGAUUAUUGGAAGGAAAUGCCGGUUAGGCAUAACUUAGACGUGAUGCACGUGGAGAGAAAUGUUGCUGCUAGUCUUGUCUCUACAAUGCUGCAUUCUGUGAAAUCAAAGGAUGGUAUUAAUGCUCGGAAAGAUAUGCAACUGCUUGGUAUUCGAAAGGAUUUACAUCCCCAAGCACGUGGAAAAAGAAUCUACCUUCCUCCAGGUCCUUGGUCUCUGUCCAAAACAGAGAAGAAAAUAGACGAUUGUACGGUUAAGGGUCUUAAAUCACAUGAUUAUCAUGUGUUGAUGCAACAACUUCUUCCGGUUGCGAUCAGAGGUUUAUUACCUAAAUGUGUUAGGAUAGCUAUUGGACGCUUAUGCGCUUUCUUCAACAAACUGUGUCAGCGUGUUAUUGACAGAGAGGCAAUUUCUGUAAUGGAGCAUGAAGAUGUGGAAACUAUCUGCAUGUUUGAGAGGUUCUUUCCUCCAAGUUUCUUUGACAUAAUGGUGCAUUUAACAGUCCACUUAGGCAGAGAAGCUCAGUUAUGUGGACCAGUUCAUUUUCGUUGGAUGUACCCAUUUGAAAGGUACAUGAAAGUUCUGAAGGACUUUGUAAGAAACAUGGCAAGACCAGAGGGUUGUAUUGCUGAGUCAUAUCUCGCUGAGGAGUGCAUGCGGUUUUGCAGUGAUUUCUUGAAAAAGACAACAAAUGCUGAUGAGAAAAUGGAAAGAAAUGCUGAUUAUGAGAAUUGCUCUAUAUUGGAGGGUCGUCCUAUAUCAGCACCUACUUCAUGUACUCUUACUGAGAAUGAGAAGAACAUAGCACAUCUUGCUGUCAUUCAUAAUAUGGCUCUAAUUGAUCCUUAUGUGGAGUAA